AUGGCUAGUGCCAUCCCAACUGUGGCUGCCAGGCCCUGGGCGCAACAGGCAUCCGGAACGACUUACUUUUUUACGUUUGGUAAUUCGUAUACGCAGACUGGCUUCAGCACAACGGGGGAACAACCCUCCACUUCUAAUCCCAUGGGUAACCCUGCACUAGGCACUGGUACGACAACCGGUGGUCUCAAUUGGGUGGGAUACCUGACUACUGAGCAAAAUUCGUCACUCGUGCUCAAUUACAACCUGGCCAUCGGCGGCGCCACGAUCGAUGAUUCCCUUGUCGCAUCUUACCAAGGAGAUCUUGUCAGUGAGAUCGGGAUGUUCAAUGCAACGUAUCGCAGCAAGCCCGAGUCAGCGGCGUGGACGUCCGAUGAUGCUGUUUUCGCGUUUUGGAUCGGAGUGAACGACAUUGGAAACGCCUUCUACAAAACGGACGCCGGGACUUUUAUUCCCCAGCUUAUGGACCGGCUCCGGUCGUUGGCCCAGGCGAUCAUCAGCGCAGGAGGACGCAAGUUCCUGUUUCUGAAUGUCCCUCCAACCAGCCGGAGUCCGUUCUUUAUUGAUCAAGGAAACGCAACCGUGGCGCAGCAGGCUGCAUAUCUAAAGGUGUAUAACGACCAGCUGCGGUCGAUGGUGACGGCGCUCGGCGCAAACAACACGGGUGUCACCGCCGUGCUCUACGACUCUUGGUCCUUUAUGACUGCCGUUCUGGAUAACCCUGUCCAGUACGGAUUCCAGGAUGCAACCUGCAUCAACGAGGAUGGGGUUACCUGCGUGUGGUGGAACAACUACCAUCCUUCCGCAAAGUACCAUCAACUACAGGCGGCAAAUAUGACAUCGGUGCUGGCGCCGUUGGGGGCAUGGGAGUGAUAUGCGGCGCCCAUAUAUACCAGAGACUUGGUCUAGUAGUAUUUGUUUGUAAAAAUCGAGUCACACUUAUCGGGUAUUGUCCAGAUACAGAGCACUCAGUAUUCAAGAGGCAUUAAAGGCUAUUUCGAGCUCGGGAC